AUGAGACUGUCAGAUAUAUUAGCAAAGAAAAUCGUGAAUGAUGUGGUGGAGAACAUUUCCGCUCCUUCUGAUAGCAAUGAAUUAGAAGGUCAACCCGACGAUUCUUCAUCUCAUUCAGCAACGGAUCGUGGUGAAAAGAGAAGUGCGGAUCAUGCACUGCGGCUGCCAGCUCAAUCAAAGAAGAGAAGGCGCUUUGAAAAAAACCGAGUUGUUGUGGUCUACAAUAUCAAGGCUAGUGUGAAUCUGCAAACGUUUUCAGCCUUUGUAGAAAGGACUUUGGAGGAAGUGAGUGGCGAACCAGUUGAAGUUGUGAAUUGCAAAUGUAUGCAGCUCUGCGACAGAAGACAGACUGCCAUGGUUACUUUCAAGACUUCAGAGCACGGCGAUUUGGCAAUCAGUCUGAACGGCGUUAAAUUUAUGAACCAAACUCUGUAUGCGAAAGCCUUCGAACCAAAAUGGAAGGAACUUGCAAAAACAAACCAACACCUUUGCACCGCCCAUUUGUUCAAAGCAUGUAGACACAAAACGAAUUGUUGCCAUGCACACAACCUCGGACAAAUGAAGUUGUACCCGGAUACGGUCCUCCAUGAGAACCGCACACGCUAUAUCAAGCUUCGUGAAGGCCUAAACGCCACCAAAGUUGCCAAAAAAGGUCAUUUUUUUCGAAACAUUCGACAGAUUCUAAGACAAGAGGGUCUCAACGAUGUUCUCACUGCCGGCUAUUAUCGAGACGGCAAGUAUGAUGCAAUAAUCGAAUUUGCAAGCACCAAUAGUGCGACAAAAGUAAACGAGGCAUUACAAUUCGCCGAUGUGUACCCGUGGAAACCCGAAUAUCAAUCCAUUUUUCUCGAUUACUUCGACAAUGGAAUUGAUACCGAUAUCGAAGUCGAAGGGAGGGAGAAGCAUUCUUCCAGUAAUCUGUUACCAGUCCAUGGGGACCAAUCUUUGAACGAUGACGCAGUUGAUACCACGGUCGAAGAUGUGGAUCGAAAUGGAAAGAGAAUUCGUCAUUCUGUACUGGUAUAUAACCUUCCGACCACAAUUGAAGUUGAUAAGGUUCCUGGUUUUGUGCGUUCAAAACUGCAAGAAAUACAUGGCAAGGAAGUCGAGAUUAUAGAUUGGAGCAUCUGGCCUAAUAUGGAGAAUAGCUCUCUUCCCUCUAAUUCCAUGGAGCUUGUGUUUCAAAAUCGUGAGCACUGCAACUUGGCGAUGAGCCUCAACAGGCUCAAAAUUAUGGGUCAAGCAAUCUAUGCUCGGCCAGACAAGGAAUGGAAGUAUAAAGAACAACUCUGCAUAGACUCACAGUGCGGAGUUUGCGGUCAUGGGUUUGCUUGUCAUUAUGCUCACAAUUUCGAAGAGAUGAGACUCUACCAUGAAACCGCAAUAUGCGAGAGCCGUGCUGUUUACAUCAGCGGAGUCAUAAGGAAAGAUUUUGACACAAGGCAAGUGUUUUUUCGGAUCAUGUCAGCUCUGCGCCAGCAAUUCAAGGGGAUUAUCUACGUUACAAGAUUGCACUAUCGAAAGGAUAUGGGAGAUGCCUUGGUCGAGUUUUCCAACUCCAAGGUUGCCGCCAGAGCAUUGUCGGUACUGAACGGUAUCGUCAAACAGCAAAUGAGAUGGUCUGCCUGGCCAUGGCAGCCAGAAUACCAGAGUAUGUUCGUCGAGUACUUCAAGAACCAAAAACAGGUUGGAACCGAAGCAGGAAAAGAGCUAGAACACCCUUCCAACGGCCCAACUGUAGACAGUGGAAACGAGGACCGAGAUAACACGCAAAUGGAACAAGUGCAAAAGCAUGGUGACAGGACCGUCGAAGAGAUCAAUCAGAGCAGCGCCAUACAAGCCAAAACUGAAGAAGGAGAUUGUCGAUCCAGCGAAAUUAACCAGCCGAGCAGUUCAGGCAAAACAGUGGAUGGGGGUCUUCCAGACAUAAGGACUGUAUCUCCGGGAGACAGUGAGCCCACCAUGGCAUCAACAGAGAUACCAGAUCAUGAAUUCAAAACUGGACUCGCCGAAGCCAAUUCGCAGAUCGAGCUCUUGGCCAGCUUGUUGGAAAGAACCAAAAACAAGCUUAGUGUUGUAGAAACAGAGAAAGAUACUCUGAAAAAACAGGUAUCCGAUUUGCAAAUGGAAAACGAAUCAUUGCAAGAGGAAAUGGAAAAGAUGAAAAUGAACCAUGCAAUGGAGCUGGGUCUUGCCAUGAGAGAAGAAAGUGACGAUGGCGAAGGAUGA